UGAAUUAAUUAGACAUCAUUAUGACUCUUCUUUUAUAAAUAUCCACAAUACCUUUCCCUCUCCUCCCUCCCAUGGCCGACCGGUGCUCCAUCUCUUUUGCUUCUCCACCUUCAAAUACCUGUUCCUCAUGAUCUGUUCUCAAAACAGAGAACUUGCAGAGUUUCCAGACUCCAAACCUCCCGCCAUGCUCGGAAACUCUCACACAGGCUUAGCUCCGCCGCUCGCCGCCCCAUCGGAGAGCGGCAUAACCAUCUCCGGCGGCCUUCCGUUCUACUCCAAAAAGCGCCCAAGGGAUCCCCUUUCCUUCCUCGGCGAAGACCUCUUCCCCUGUUUUCAGCAGCAGAUGCUCGAUCUCGAUCGCCUCCUCCUCCAUCACACAGAGAGAAUGAGGCUGGAGAUCACCGAAAGGCGGAGGAGGUUCUCCCGGCAGCUAAUGGCGGCGAUGGAGGACGGAAUCAGUAAGCGAUUGAAGGCGAAAGAAGACGAGAUUGAGAGGAUGAGGAAACUGAAUUGGGCGAUGGAGGAACGAAUCAGGACACUUUCGGUCGAGAAUGAGAUUUGGAAGGAGCUCGCUCAGACCAACGAAGCGACGGCGAAUCUCCUCCGCACGAAUCUCGAGCAGAUCCUCACCAGCCAGAUUCGAAUUAAAGAGGAGCAACGGCUAGUUGAUGAAGCUUCUCCGGCUGAUGAUGCUGAAUCCUGCUGGUUAAUGAUGAUAGAGAUACGUCGCCGGCGUCGCCGGAUGCGGCUGCGGGGUUAG